UCCUGCAGCUCUGCGUUUGACCUCGCUGCCUUACAGAACAAACGAAUCGAGCUCCGAAUUAUUAAUUAAUGUUUGAAAAAACAGCGGCAAUUUUUGAGUUUUCAGGUUAUGCAGCAAAAAAUCUCUAUUUACGUUGCGAUAAUAAUAUUUGGGACGGAUUUGCAUCAAACGACGGAUAUGGCUACAAGAAAACUAGCAAAGAGAUUAGGAUUACUGAGGCAGCGAAGUCAAUCUGCCUCUGGUUUGAAGAAAUCAGUGAUAUCCAAUCAGAUAUUUUCAUACUUGAUUGUGAUCGACUUUGAGUCUACUUGUUGGAGAGAGAAAAAUAACUACGGUCAGGAAAUCAUUGAAUUCCCUGCUGUCCUGCUGAACACAUCCUCAGGGGAGGUCGAGUCUGAGUUUCAUACGUACGUUCAGCCUCAGGAGCAUCCUGUUCUCUCGGAGUUCUGCACUGAGCUUACUGGAAUCACACAGGUGCAAGUAGAAGCCGGUGUCCCCCUUCAGAUUUGCCUCUCUCGGUUCAACCGCUGGGUGCAGAACCUGCAGCUGGAGAAAGGGGUGAUGUUUCCCAAAAAGCAGCAGACAUGUUCUGCCUCUGAUGCGUCCCAGAAACUGUGCACUUUCCUCACCUGGUCAGACUGGGAUCUUGCCGUUUGUUUGCAGUAUGAGUGCAAACGCAAACAGCUUUAUAAACCAGAUGUUCUCUGCAGCUGGAUAGACCUGAGAAGCACAUACAGGCUCUUUUACAGCCGGAAACCCAAAGGCCUCAAUGGAGCACUUCAAGAUUUGGGGAUUCAGUUUUCUGGGAGAGAACAUUCCGGGUUAGAUGAUGCUCGAAAUACAGCUCGGCUGGCCGUCAGAAUGAUGAGAGAUGGAUGUGUGCUAAAGAUCACCCGGAACCUGGAGAGGACUCCAUCAAUGGCCAAAUUCCUUUUCAAUAAAAAUGUCCCUCCUUCAGGAAGAAUGCAAGAAAAACAGGAUGAUGCCAGGAAAAAGGCAAAUUUCCUUAACAGCAGCAAGAGCUCAUCAUCGUUCAAUAUUUCACUGAAAGCUCGUCAAAAACAUCCUCUUCAUGAGGAGCCUCCGAGUUCAAGCUCGGGUCAAACGUGUCACAGCCUAAUAUCACCAAAAACAUUGUUGAACAUAACAACAGCACCUUUAAAGGGACAAACUGACAAGUUGGCGACAGCACAUGUUGUUCCUCGUCUUCUUUUGUCCACAGUUCCGUCAAACUGUAGCUCACCACACGGUAAUGGAAGCAGCAGCCAUGUUCUGUUCUCCACCACGGUUGGCUGCAUUUCCUCUCUACGUCAUCAAAACGUCGUCAAAACAUCUCCUGCGGACGAAGAGGAGCGAGACCUUCUGGUGGAAACGGAUGAGCGGUGCAGUUCUUACGAUGACGUGGUGUUGGUAUCCGAUCAGACUGAAACGGAUGCAGUCUCUGGUGGAACGGUUGGUUACGUUUCAGAUUACGACGGCAGAUGUCAGGAGUGGGACGGACUGGAUCAUUCACUCGAAGCACCCCUCGUUUCACAACACGAGAGAACAGAAAACUCAGAAGUACUGAAUAAUGCACGAGAUUCAUUGAUGGUGGGAAAAUCUGUAAAUUCAAAUGCUGAAGUCUUUAAUCACGCAAGUGAAGAACCGCACCAAUCAACAAGCAGACAGAUGGAGAAAUGUUUUGCUGUGCCGAAAGUUGUUAAUUGGAGCAAACUGAAUGGACAUUUAAGGUUAGAUACGCGUCAUAAAAAUAAUCAACACAACAGGGUCUCUCCAGUUCUACCCAACCCCUUUCUGCCUGAAAACACUUCCACUCCAAAUCCAUCCACCAUGAGACCCAAACCAACCACAGCGAAACACAGAGAACCUCUGAAAUCUUCAUUUACUAUUUAUACUGAUCCAAAAACUCCUCAUCCGUCUACGUCUAGCUCUUUGCAUCCACCCAGAAACAUCCUGUCCUCUUUGCCAACAAACCUGCUCUCCUCCUGUGCCAAAGGACUCAGUGGGGCUCUCUCAGCAAAUGGGUCAAGGGUCACCUCCCCUCUGUGCACCUGUGGUCGCCGUGCGAGGCGGCAGGUUGUGUCAAACGGCGGUCCGAAUCACGGCCGGGGGUUCUACUGCUGCCCGGUUCGCCGCUCGGGGGCCAAAGAGAGAGGCUGCGGGUUCUUUAAAUGGGAGUCUGCGCUCAUGAAGAGCAGCUCAGUGGCUCCCCCUGCUGCUGGGUCUUCUGUAUCACUUUGUCAGGUCAACUCUGCACUUCCAUACAGGCGGCCGCAGAGAAAAAGUUGCUGAACGACUGGAGGAGCAGCUGUGCAUGCUCUUUGUCACUGAGCCACUAGUAUUUACCAGCCUAAAGAUGAGGACUUCUGAGUUACAAAAGAAAAAAAAUCUUGCCGACAGAAGCAAUAGGGCUGCACAAUAUUUGAGAAACAUGUAACUAAUAAUUUUUGAUAAAAAAUUUUUAUUGUUGGAUUUUACCCUCACUUUGGGAUUUUUCUUUUUUUGAUGACCAGUGAGUUGCAACAGUUCUGUAGUUAACAUUCACAGUGCUUUGUCAGAAGUGUCUUAGAUCACCAAACACAUUUCAAUAACAGAUAAACAUAACUUGUAUCCACACAUCAAGUAAUAUUUUAAUAAAGGCAAACAUGCUGGUCAAACCAACCUGGCCAAAUGUGAAAAAGUAUUAAACCCUCUUGCGGUCAUUUUUUUAGCGCUCAAUGUUUAGGAAGAGCAGAUAUCACAGCCAGACAGUAGAGAAGCGGGUGGGUUGUCCCGUCAUACCAUCAGUUCCCAAAACCACACACACACCAAAAAAAAAAAACCUAGUAAAGGCACACAUAGACCGCAUACGGGGUCAAACUCUCGUGCAGUCUAGCUGGACCCUGUCUCUUAAGACCAGUAUUGAGUUAUGAAAGAGCUAUGAUUUAUUCCCUUUUUUUUUAUAAAAAGAUCUGAAAAACAAAAUCUGGAGAAAAACCUUAACAGAUAAGAAGAAAGUCACUGACGAAGCCAUAUGUAGCUGCAUUAUCCUUCCAAAAAUGACUUUUCUGAUUGUAAUAUUGCCCAAGUUGAAAGUCAAAUGAUUGUUAUUCCAUAUAUUGUCCAGUUCUAGAAAAAGAGUGUAAACUAUAUGCAACCAUGAACAUUUUGGGUAUUACAACAAAUA